CGCUGGGCCCAUCUUCUAUCCCACUUUUUCAGCUCCAUCUCGUCUGCAUUCUUUCAGGGCUCCGACGCUGCCCAGAGGAUAAGGUCUUGGGCCAAUGAUGGAACAAUAUCCUCGUAGGGAUCCCUACUCGAGAUCAAGGUAUGAACAGGGCAUUGACAGCAAGAUUGUCAUCAUGGGAAACUCUGGGGUCGGUAAAACCAGUCUGCUCCAACGAUAUACCCAAAACAAGUUUGAUCCCAAGAACACGACUUCCACGAGCGGUGCAUUCUUCGUAACGAAAAAGGUGCAUGUAAAUGGGCUGAAGGUGCGUCUGCAGCUGUGGGACACAGCGGGUCAGGAGAGAUUUCGCAGCAUGGCACCCAUGUAUUAUCGAGGCGCCAACGCGGCCCUUCUCUUGUACGACAUAACCAAUGCUUCAACUUUCAAUGACAUCCGGGGUUGGCUAGAAGAGCUGAAGAAGAACUGUUCGCCGGAGCUGAUAAUAUAUAUCGUUGGUUCUAAGGCGGAUUUACAUCGCCAUCGGCAGGUUACUUCGGACUUUGCACGUCUGUCUCUGCACAACUGGUUUCCGCCACCCCGGCCACCGCCUCCGCCUCCUCCGCCUCCUCAACCGUCGACUUUAUCCUAUAUUCGGCCCCGAUUUACCUCCUUUCCAGGCAUCCGCCCGCCCCCAGCAACACCCAUUAACCAAACACCACCUGAAACGCCGGCGUAUCUUGACUUAACUUCGGCUCGCUCUUCGAGUCUUCAUCGUACCAGAACUACCAGUUCAAGAACAUCUGGACCACCCUCAUCAAUUGCCCGCUCCACCUCAAACGCUACCGCCACUCGACCGCAACCUUCCCGUUUUGGUUCUCACUUUGGAUUCGCUGCCGGCGGCUGGAAUGAAGUAACUGAUUCUAGUAACAGCAACAGCAUUGAGGAGGACGAUGAGGGCGCUGCCGAGGAAGAAGAAGAAGAGUGGGGGCUGAGCAAGGGCAUGGAGCUCUUCGAAGUUUCUGCGAAAGACAAUCUCGGCAUACAAAGCCUCUUUGACCAUUUGAUUGCUGCUAUCAUCCGAAUGAAGGAUCGAAUAGAAGAAGAGAAUCAACUUAAGAGGCGGGAUAGCGUCUUCCUUUCAGCGACGCCCACAUGGAGCGCUCAAGCUGAAGAGGAAGAAGCUCGUGAGAAAGCUGAACAAGCCACAGGGAGUUGGAGCUGUUGUUAGUAGCUGGCGCAGGCCGUCUCACCGUAUAUCCAUCCAUCGUCGUUCGUUGCUCUAUGAUUUUUCUUUUCUUUUCCUCUUGAUGACCUUGCAUUUCCGUCAGCAAACCCACCGUCUUUGCGUUAUCUCUCCUCUUUCCUUACUACCACAUGUGCCACGCUUUCCUACCAUCUCAUGAUCAUCCGUCUCGCUCCCAUUUCCCUGGUAUUGCUACCCGCUCUCUUAUUUUUCUGAG